AUGCCUGUCGAUACUAAAUUUGCUGACAUGCCAUGGAUAGUAGGCGCAUUCUUAAGUAAUCCGCUUCAUUUUAGGCAUAUGAUGAACCUGAUGUAUAUGAAACUGAUGACUUACCUGAAGCCGAUCAAAGAAAAAGCGAGGUUUGUCUUUUGUCAUUUAAUGAAGGUAAUCAAAAAGACUACUGAGGAUGACCAGGUCCUCCCAAAAGAAAUUGAAAGAACCAAAAUUUCAGCUGAAGAGGCAAGAAAGCGCUUUGAGCACUGUAAAGUUAAUGCUUUGAACGCUGAUUUCUCCGAUAAGGUUACCGGUACAAUAAAUGUCGGAUUUGCCGUGGAAAAUUCAGUGUAUGAAGCGAACGCAGAUGGUGGUCGGGAGUCAACGCUGACGGCACGUUUCCAGCGUCUUCAGGCAGAAGUCCGCCAGCUUAUCGACGACGUUGAAACGGUGAAAAAAGAGGCUGGAGCAAGCGGAGGGGAGUUGUCAGUGGAACAAAUCUCGGUUCUAGCCUCCUCGUUAACGAAUCAACUUGGGCAACUCCAAUUGGAGGAGAUUUUUGGACCUAAUCUCGACCUUACGGAUCUCUGUGCCCAUGACGCUCUCAUUCAAAAGCGUUUACUCGAACAAAUUGCCAACUUCAAACCCGCGCCAAGGAGACAAGCCGAAAAAACCAGCGAACUCCUUAGUUUUGAACUUUACUCUAAACCCUCAGACCAGGCUGACUCCAAUAAAGAAAAGACGCUAGAGUUGGACCGGCGAUUGCAGCGUCUGGAGGCACUCCUUGGCUCACGGGAAGUGACCGAAACAGGUCCCGGUGGUUUGCUUGACACGGCUUCACGAUUGUCCGAGCGGAUUUCUCUUUUGCAACCAGCAUACUUGGACCAAGUUGAGGCACGAAUCGCCAGUCUUCAAGCAAAGCUUGCCAGUAUCAGCAAAAACCCCGAGAACUCUAUUGUUACCGAUGCCGAUACGCAGAAUAAAGUUGCUGAGUUGUUUGAAAUUGUAAAAAAGUGGGACACGUUUUCCGCAGACCUCCCAACAGUCGUUGAUCGUCUCAAGGAUCUCCAAGCUCUGCACGAGCAAGGUUCGAAUGUUUUUCAUUCUGCAACAUCUGAAUUCAGCACCGCGCUCGUGAAUGUGGAACUGUCCCAGAAAAGGAUCGACGAUGAAUUGACAAGUUACUCCUCUCAGCUUAAGGUGGUGAGUUGCUCAUUUGUGCAGCAGUCUUAG